CGCAACCAGUCGCGAGCGAGCGGUGCGAGUGAUGUAGAAUUUCGUGCGAUGCGCGUUUGAUGAAAUACUUACGGAUUCGAAAAACAGAAAAGAGAGAUAUACGCACACGUAAAACGUGACGAAAGUGCCGCGAAAGGAGAGAGAAAAAUAAAGUGUGAAGAAAAAUACGGCGAGACCUUUAAAUUAUUCGGCAAAUUUACAGGCGUUUUCCCGAUUUCGCCUGACGACGACACGAGUAUAUAAUCAGCAAAGACAUUCUGAUUGAUAAAAGCGCGUGUUCCGACGAAGAAACAGAUGAACAGAGAAAAGAUUGAUAGAAGUUUAUUGUGUGGAAUUGAAUUUCCAUUUGUGAAAACGUUGUACCUGUAAUGUUAACGAAAGAAUUAAAUUAUUUGGAUUAAAAAAGUUUAAAACAUAGUUAAAAUAGAUAUUUAGAAUAUAGUGUUAUUUCUUAAAUACUUCUUAAUCUUUUACAUUAAUGACAUUUCGAAGAGAGUCGAUACAAUUUUGCGGAAGACACUCCUGCUGCUUUUGUCUGUUUCUCCAUUCAAAAUGAAUAAAAAAGUGUAAUAUAUAUGAUAUAUAUACAACACAAUAUAUACAGAUAAACAAUAUAUAUGUAAUCACACAUGUUGUAUUUAACGAGAGUAAAUUUAUUGGUCGAUCUUUAUUAGGAAAGGCAAGAUCGAUCAUUUCUUAGAAAAUCAUCGAUAAAAACCGAGAAAAUGAUGUUCUCAUACGUUUUACAGUGCAAUAAAACAUCAAUCAAGGUCAUUACGAUAUAUAAUUACGGCGGAGCAGUAAUUAUCGGUGGAGCGGAAGAAAAAGAAGGCAAAUCUUCUCACAUUUGAGAAAUUAAUUCGGAGAAGAGAACACGUUUGGAUUCACUGGCACUUUUGAUUCCACUUUGCUCACAUGAAGUAUUCCGAUAGAUAAUUUACUUUUUGCAAAGCAUAGAAGUUGACAAAAAUAUGUUGAGGUUUAAAGUUUACACGUUCAGAUCGUUAAAGCAAGCACGUGUUUUUAAUCGAUGCCAUUAAGAACACAGAAAGUAAAUCGUGAAAGAAUUCUCACGUACCAAAAAAAGAGUGAGCUUUCAUUACUAUUGCAUGAAUGAGCUUUUAUUAACCAUGUGACACAAUCGAGCAAACAAAAUUCUGGUUUUGGGCCGUAUGAAUAAAAAAAAGCAUAACCUUGUCCUUCAAGUUUUAGAAGCAAACCCUCAAAGUUCAAUAAGUAAAAAUUUUGAGCAAACUGAGGAUUUGCUCUUAAAACUUGAAAGAUAAGAUUAUGCUUUUUUUAUCCAUACAGCCUUUCGAGAAACUUAUAACAACUGAAUUGACACAAUGACGUUUUACCGAGACAUUUUUGCAAUUUCAACGUGUUUGAAGUAAUUUUUGUGGAAAUCUUUUUCAGCAUAUAUUUUUGAAAGAGAUAUGAUCGCCGUACAUAGUUCGUAUCAUUCAAAAUUCCACAAAGAUAUAAGUUUGUUACAUACUUCGAACGCUUAUCUUGCAAGAACAGUAAAAAUAUUUAUAUGUUGGAUAUUUAAACAAUGCUGCACUACGUUUUGUUGUUUGUAAAUCUAUUUUUUCCGCGACUUUCAUGUAUAGAAUGCGCUUUUUUUAAAAUUAUGUAAAUUGUAUGUUUAUUAGAACUACAAAUAUACAAAUUCCGUAAAAACUGUACUUUUCGCACUAACGUUAUGUCAUGCGAUUUUAUGUAAUGUCACUGCAAUUACAUAAGAUUUCUGUGUAUAUCAUAUGUGAUUUUCACGUACCAAAGUCAUGCAUGCGCAAAACAUCAUUACACACUUAAUCACAUUUGUCAUCGUAACGUCUCUUCGGAGACGUUUAAAAAAUACAAAACUAAAUAAAUUUUGCGCGUUUGAAAGAAAUUUCAAAGUUCAAAGCGGCACAUUAUCAAGCACAUUUCAUUGCAUAUUCGCUAUGCUAAUGAGAAGGUAAAGGUCGUUUGUGUAAAAAAGAAUGGAAAACAACACAUGUGCGCAAUCGUCGCGCGAUGCUCGAUUGAGCAUGUGCUAAAUGCUCUGUGCAAAAUUUUGAUACAAUAAUUAAUAGAAUUUAUAUUCCAAUCAUCAUAUUCAACAUCUAUGACGUUAUUAGUACGUACAGAUAAUUAUUAACAUCUCUCUGUCUCCGAUUUGAAAAGCGACGUGACCGAAAAAAAACGUAGUUAUCGUUAUCGAAGGCAUUGCGAGAGAGAUAGCGAAGCCUCGAUGAAUAAAAUACCGACGUUGCUGAUAAAACAUGCGAUGUCUAUAUAUGCGUGCUGAAUAACUGAUUCAGUGCAGUCUGAGACUUUCUGAAGAAUCUUUGGACAAGAGAACAUUGAAGAAUAGGAGGAAAAGAGCUAACAGUUAGUUUAGUGAUACUAUGUGAAAGGUGUGUGCAACAACAAUUUGACGAGAUGUUGAUGUUAAUUGGCGGUCUGAUCGUCGCCUAUUUUGUCUACAUUCUGAUUUCAAGGAAUAAUGACAAACCAUCUUCAGAUCCACCAGCGAUGGCAUAUGUAGCUCUCCGAGAGAUAAUCGAGCGAGCAGCCGAAGAAGCUAAGAAAUUGCCGGGAUUAAGUGCGUCAGUGGAUAUCGGACAUUCUCAUGAACAUUCUCCUAUCGCGGAACACAGUUACGAGGAUCUUCUCGCCACCGCGAUAUUUAAUAAGUUCUGAAAUUAUUUUGUUCCAAAUUAUAUAUAAUUUUAUCUUAUUAAGGUAGUACUUUUGCGACAGUUCUAUCCAAAAGUUGGAGUUUUCUUAUUAAAAAGAAAG